AUGGGAGUUUACCGCGGAAGGCAUAGCUUGGAUAUAGUCCGGUUACAAGCGCAUUACAUGGCCCUGUACCAUGGAAGAUACAUGGGGCGGCGGCGCCAUCUAGCGCCGCCGGGAGGGUAUCGUCCCCCCCGUCGUUGUGUAUUCCGCAUUCGCAAGCUUCAGCUGGAGAUUAUCGAAAAUCACAGUCACCGCGAGUACAGCUCCGGGACGACCACCUCAUCGCCGUGCUUCUCAUCUUUGUUGCCGACUAUCUUCGCAGCUGCUGCAGUCGGAGUAGCGUCCGUGGAUGCCUCAUUUGCAGACGUCGGCGAGCUGGCGGUUGCUGAGAGGCAGAGAUUGGAGGAGUUGAUUAAGAGUCGAGGGAUGCAGCCGGGUUCUUACCCGCUCUUUACUGUUGAUGUCAGAGGGCCAAAGGUUGCUCUUAAAUUCAAAGUUCCUCCAUCAUGUGAUGUAUCACGCCUUAUUGUGGAUAUUGUUUCGCUUCUAGGGCAGAAGGCUGAGCGUCAGGGUGGUGGUUCAGAAAUGUUAUUACAUGCCUGGGACAGUGCAGCUGCUUGGCAAUUUACUUUAACUUCUCCUGAAAAGAUGAUCGGAACGGAUGGAAGAGAAUUGUAUAGUGAAAUGAAUAAAUCUAAGGAUGAUUUCUGUGUUCUUAUUUUUGAACCUCUUCUUGGCUCCGAGUAUUGUGAGAUUGAAUUUAUAAAGGAAGGAAGCUUCACUUUUAAAGAACUUGAUGCAUUCGUGACCGUGCUAAAGUUGGCUGGUUUAAGAGAUGCAAAAAAUUCAGUUAGAAAGAAUCCUGGCUUAUACAACUUCAAGAGCGAUAGUAACUAUCAUGGCAGAAGCACACCUUCACUGGAAAAGUCUAUUUCUGCUUUAGAGGCCAUGGGGGUGAGAGUGUAUGGGGUUGAUGAAAAUUUUGGAGUUCCCAUGGAUAACAUGGUGUCGUGGGACAACAUUGCUGGCUACGAUCAGCAAAAACGAGAAAUAGAAGAUACCAUACUUUUGGCAUUAAAGCGCCCUGAGAUCUAUGAUGAGAUUGCUCGUGGUACCCGUUCAAAAUUUGAGUCAAAUAGACCUCGAGCAGUUCUAUUUGAAGGUCCGCCAGGGACAGGAAAGACAUCUUGUGCUCGAGUAAUUGCUAAGGAAGCUGGCGUUCCAAUGUUAUAUGUUCCUCUUGAGGUUGUCAUGUCAAAGUAUUAUGGUGAGAGUGAACGCUUGUUUGGAAAUGUCUUUUCACUGGCCAAUGAUCUUCCUGAUGGAGCGAUAAUUUUUCUGGAUGAGGUUGAUUCCUUUGCUGCUACCCGAGAUAGUGAAAUGCAUGAAGCAACACGGAGGAUAUUAUCAGUAUUGCUACGGCAGAUUGAUGGUUUUGAGCAGGAAAAGCGAGUUCUUGUUAUAGCUGCAACAAAUAGGAAGCAAGACCUAGACCCUGCUCUUAUUAGCCGCUUUGAUUCAAUUAUUGACUUCUGCCUUCCUGAUCACCAAACACGUGCUGAAAUAGCAGCUCAGUAUGCAAAACACCUAAAAGAAUCUGAGUUAGUUCGAUUUGCCUCAGUCACGGAAGACAUGUCUGGGAGGGACAUCAAAGAUGUUUGCUUACAGGCAGAAAGACGUUGGGCCUCCAAGUUAAUACGUGGCCAAGUAGACAAGGAUGCCGCAGAAGCUUCUCUUCCUCCAUUGGAAGAGUACAUCAAAUCAGCUAAGCAGCGGCAAGAAGCUGUAUUAACCGCCCAAGAUCGGAGUAAAUCUUCGGCCUUCAUGUGGAAGCCCAGGGCUCUUGCAUGAUACUGUGCUUUUUGGU